AUGCAGGAGCGCCACCCCGCCCCUGCGCUCACCCGCCAGAGCCUCCUCUUCUUCCUCCCCUGGCGCGCUCAGGAAUGCCAGGCAGAGAGAGAGCAGACGACGAAGCCUACUAAUCCAGCGGCUGCAGGCAACAAGAGAGGGGAAACGGAGAGGAGGGUCAGGUACCUGGACUUCUCCCAUGCCAGCACCUCAAGGAAGUGGGGGCACAAGAGGCAGGGAGAUGGACUUGAAGCUCCAAGGAACAGCAUGGAGUUCGCCUUGGAGGCUUCCCACAGCUAUGGCGUCUUUCAAGAAGAUGUUCCGUAUUCCUGCAAUAUGAGGCAGUACCCAAAAUCAGGGUUCAGCCACAGCUCAAACACAGUCAAGAAGCGGAUCCAGGAGGACAUCUCCUUCAGAACAAAUGAAGGCCAGAAGAGGCCCGGUGUGAUCGCCAGACUGAUGGGCAUGGAAUCGCCUCCACUGAACGCAACCACUGAAUCCAUCAGUCGUUCAGAGAUCACCCCAAGACCAACAAUGGCUAGAAGAGAUAAUCCUUCUGAAAUGAUCUCAGCCAAGCAUGUCUCCUUCGUGCAACACAACAACAGGGACUCCACCAAGCAGGCGCCAAAGCAAGAGAUCCGAGCCUAUGGCUAUGGCAAGGAGAGGGAUGUGUUUGGGCAGAUGAACACGAGGAGCAACGAGUGGAGUAAGCCGCAGCCUCGAGAGCACCCGCAGGAGGAGGAGCUGCAGAAGUUCAAGGAGGAGUUCGAGGCGUGGCAGGCGAGCAGGGCGUGGGAGCAGUCGAGAAGCUUCGAACUGGAGAGUAGCCUCGACGAUGACGACGACGACAGCAGGUGCACGGACAUCGUGCCGUAUAGGUACCAGCACCACCAUAACGGGAACGGGAAAGCUGCUAGCCAUGGCACCAAGCACAUGCACUCCUCCAAUGAGGAUGUGCAUUGGAGAAGAAGCAGCAUGGAGAGCAGCACGUCGAUCUCCGGGAGCCGUACGUUCUCUCUGACGACGAGCGCAGACGCCGCCGCCGCAUGCUCCACGAGGCUGCCGCUCUCCAGGUCCUACCACGAGGAGGAGAGGUCGUCGCUGUCGCCGACGAGGAUCGUGAUCCUGAAGCCCUGCCCCGAGCUGAGCACGGACGACAUCGAAGAGUCCUCGCUGGGGUCGCCUGAGCUGGUGAAGAAGGAGAACAACAUGGAGGCCUUCCUGGAGGAGGUGAAGAAGAGGCUCAAGAUCGAGCUCGAGGGCGGGGUGGCCUCCGACGACAAGCAGGCGGACCGCCGGUGGGCCCCCGCCGCCGGUGACAUUAUUCCGGCCGACCCGAAGCAGAUCGCGCGGAGCAUCGCCAACCAGAUCAGGGAGAACGUCACGAGGGACAUGCACCCGGCGCUGGUGCGGUCGGAGUCGACGCGGUCGUACCGCAGCGACGUGCCGUUCGACGGGCAGGGACAGAUGGACUACAUCGGCCGAGACGCCAGGAGGCAGCUCUCCGACAGGCUGAAGAACGUUCUGAGGAGGGACCCGCCGGACGCCGAGACGCCCUUCUCGUUCUCUCAUCGGAGAAGGGCCACCUCGACGUCGUUCGACGAGGAGUCGAGGCCCAAGCCGACGAGGCAGGUGGCGCCGCCGCCGCCGCCGCCGCCGAGGAAGGGGAAGGUCAGGAGCAAGGAGGAGAAGAAGCGCGCGGUGGAGUCCGACGUCAGGUCAUUCAGAUACGGAUCGAACAACACCCCAACGACGACGGCCCAGCUGGACUCCGAGUCCGUGUCGCCGCGAAACCUGAUGAGGUCGUUCUCGGCGCCGGUGUCCGGGACGACCUUCGUGAAGCUCCUCUCGGAGGAGCCGCGGGUGCUAACCGGAGCGAGGCUGCAGCGCAAGCAGGAAGGCCACGGGAGCAGCAGGCCGGCGUCGUCGUCGGAGGAGAGGAAAGGGAGGAAGGACGCGUUCAGCAUCAGAGGCAAGGUGUCCAACCUGAGGCAGAACCUUGGGCUCAGAGCCAAGCUGUUCGGCAAGAAGUUCCACGCCUCCGACGAGCCGUUCCCGGAGGACCUCCCUCCCAUAGGCACCCUCAUCACUGCCCCAUCGGUCCUCAUCCACCCCGGCGUCCUGCAGGAGAACUCCACCGAGGUGCCACCGAGCCCGGCGUCGUGGUGCAGCAGCCCGCCUGAUGAGAUGAACAGGGGAGGCUACCCAAGCCCUGUCUCGCCAUUGGAGGCAUCCUUCAGCGAGCACCGGUCUCACUUGAGAACGGAAGCCAAGGACAUGGCUUCAACUGCUUCUGAACCAGGAAUCCUGUCAGAACAAGUCCAGACCGAAGAGCAACACACCGAGACAAGUCCUGUCCUGGACGAGCACGACGACGGUGACAUGGACGCGACGGAUGAUCACCCCAUAAAAUCCUUCGCCAGAGCUGUUCUUGUCGUCGCCGGCAUGUACGGACGGAGGCAGAACCCUGGCGACGCCGCCAUGUCAGAGUGCGAAACCAAGCCCAUACCCAAGUGGGUGCUGGAGGAAGUCGUGUCCUCAGCCCCGGCGGACGGCGGCGCGGCAGCCGUCGACUACCGGCUCCUCUUCGACCUCGUCAACGAGGCGCUGCCGGGAGCCGUCCGGGCCUCCACGACGCUGUGCGCGUUCGACAAGUGCUACGCCAUGGUGCCAAGGAGAGCACCCGGUGGCAAGGCGCUGCUGGAGGCACUGUGGAAGUCCAUGCAGGUGUGGCUAGAGCCGCCAAGCGACAGCAGGACGUCGAGCUCUGCCUCCGUGGACGUGCUGAUCGGUCGUGACCUGAGCGUGUCACCGUGGCACGGCGCGUUCCGCGAGGACGCCGACGCGCUGGCGAGGGACGUGGAGGCGGAGAUGCUGGACGAGCUGCUCGACGAGACGCUGUGGGACGUGCUGCUCAACGUGGGGGACUGA